GUGACAAUAACAGCACACUCGCUAUCAACCCUGAUGGACUGACAGAGAGAAUAGGCCCUUUAGUCACUUCAGCCGCCGAUGAAAACAUAAUUCCUUCCUUCAGUCCCACACUGAGUUCAGACAUUAUUGAGCGAUGACAGAGGCAGAUCAAGCCAUGAGGAGACGAGUGGGAAAUCGUAAAAGCGGCUCAUGUUUCUGCCUCCAUAAAAAAGAUUUGUUCAGUGCAUUGAGAUUGUGAUGGAUUUUCCCAUAUUGUCCAGGACAGCUCUUUUUGUUGAAGGCUUCUGAUAAUGGCUCAUUGUUUUGGCCGCAGUAGAGGCUAGUGGUGCGGGCGGCCCUGUGGAGAUGCCAGGCUGCCCAUUCACUCACCAGCAGCAGGCCGAAACGUAUGGAGCACAGCUCACCUGCAUCAGGGGACUGAGGUGUUGAAAUGGAGUGGAUAUGUGUUCCUCUUCUGCUUUUCAGUGGGAUUCAUUUAGCUUUUACACAAUUCAAUGGAUUUAACUGUGAUCCAAACUACCACAGCAGAUUCCCUGUUGACAGGGAUAUCAGUGUAUACUGUGGUGUUCAGACAGUCACACUAAAGAUUAACCUCUGUCCUGUGUUGUACUCUGGAUACACUGAUGCCGACCUGGCACUGAACGGCCGCCAUGGAGAUGUCCAUUGCCGAGGCUUCAUAAACAACAACACCUUCCCCACAGCUGUGCUCUUCAGUAUCAGCCUGAGCACACUGGAGGCCUGUGGGAACACGCUGGUGGUUUCUACAUCUCAAGGUUUGAAUGCUUAUGGGAACAUCUCUAUGGUGCAGAUGGGGAAUAUAUCGGGCUACAUUGACACCCCAGACCCUCCAACAGUCAUCAGUUACCUGCCAGGUCUGGUGUAUAAAUUCAGCUGUAGUUAUCCUCUGGAGUACCUGCUUAACAACAGCCAGCUGGCAUCCUCAUCUGCUGCAAUAUCAGUGAAAGAAAACAAUGGCACCUUCCUGAGCACACUCAGUUUGGUGCUUUACAAUGAUUCAACAUUCAGUCAGUUGAUCUCUAUACCAAUGUCUGGCCUGUCCUUGAAGACUCGUGUGUUUGCUGCAGUUAAAGCUACAAAUCUGGACAGGAGGUGGAAUGUUCUGAUGGAUCACUGUUACGCCACCCCCUCUGGGAAUCCUAAUGAUGAGAUACGCUAUGACCUUUUCUUUGGGUGCUACAAGGAUCCACAGACAACUGUUUUUGAGAACGGAAAAAGUCAAAUGGGACGCUUUGCAUUUGAAGUCUUCCGUUUUGUGAAACAUAAGAACCAGAAGAUGUCCACUGUCUUUCUGCAUUGUGUCACAAAGCUGUGUCGAGCAGAUGACUGUGCAAUACUAAUGCCGAUCUGUGCAAAUCGCAGGAGGAGAGACACUGUGGAUGAACAUGUAGUAUCAGGUUCAUCCUCAGGGGAUGCCGUCAUAACCGCAGGUCCCAUAAUCACUAGGAGCGAUGAAUCUCCAACCAACAACUCGCAACUUGUGAGCAGUUCCUCCCAGCAUCUGAAUGCUGUAACCAGUGCCUUGAUAUCGGGUGUGGUUGUGCUGGGUGUGACGAGCCUGGGCCUCUUCAUCCUUUCCCUCAGGCUGCUCAGGAAGCCCAGCCCUUCUAGUCUGACAGGGGUCUGGAACCCCAGCUUCAGAUGACCUUCAUUCUUGGACCAUGAGUGCACUGAAAUCUAACAAUAAUAUUUGGUCAUAUAAUUGCAUUUUACUCAGAUCCUCAGUGCUGCUUACUUAUGUCACAAAAUUGUCAUUGGGCUGCUUUGUCAAAAACGUUUCCCCAUUUGAUAAUAAAUGAAUAAUAGUCCCUGAUAUUAUCAGUGUUGAAAACUGUUGUUCUGCUUAAUAUUUUUUUCUGGAAACCGUGAUACAUUUGUUUCAGGAUUCUUUGAUGAAUAGAAAGUUCAAAAGAACAGCAUUCAUUUGAAAUAGAAAUAUUUUGUAACAUUAUAAAUGUAUUCCUUUUGAUCAAUUUAAUGAGUCCUUGCUGAAGAAAGGUAUAUAUUUUUCUUCUUUAAAAAAAUAUCUUACUGACAUUUUAAAAUACCUCAAUUUGUUACUAUGUUUCAGGGUCUGUGAUCCUUUGUCUUGAAGUGCAGAGCACAAAACAAAUAUAGGCUGUUCACAUAUAGAUGAUUGCAGAUUAUUUGCUUUAUUAAUUUUUGUUGAUCUUAUUAUAAUUAUAUUAUGAUUGUGAUUUGCGUGUGUGUGUGUGUGUGUGUGCAAUAAGUGUAAUAAGAAUAGGCGAUGAGGAAACAAAGAAAAAAUGAGACUUCCAUGAAGGUCUUAAAUAAAUAUUCCUGUUUAAAUAUAGCUGAUAACAACAUAUUAGAUUGAAUAUACCAGCAAUGAACGUCCAUCUUCUGUUUUUACAAACAGAGGGAAGAAUCACAAUUUGUUUCUGUUGUAAUAAACAGCAUGCCACAGAUCCUGUUAAACAACCUGGACAAUUUUGUUCAUUUGUUUUUCAUUUAUGUGAUAUAGUACAGUUUAAAAUAUUUUAGAUGUACAUUUUAUAGUUGUUGUUUUUUUUACAUUGAGGUGCCAUUAUAACCCGUUUCACAUUAAUUUUAGCUUUUUUAUUCAAAUUGUAUAUACAGUAUGUACAACCUGAUGUUUUUCCUGAACAGAUUUUUUCAGCUGCAUGUAA